UUUGAAUCAGACAGCAGGCAGUGCGCCACUCACCUGUGGACGCGCGCGCGGCCGUCAUGACGGAGAAGGGUCCCGCGAAAACCGGAACCCGCUUCAUAAACCUGCUGCGCUCCACCCCCCCGAAGCCCAAGACGGCGAUGGCUGCGCCCCCCGUCACUGGCGUCGGUGCGGCCGCGCGAGGCAGCGAGGUGGUUCUGGAAAAGGUUCUGGGCAUCACAGCCGUGGGGAACAGUGCGCUCACCUGCAACCCUCGAACUGGACUGUUGGCCUAUCCUGCGGGGUGUGUCGUGGUUUUGUUGAAUCUUCACAAAAACGAACAGGGUUACAUCUUUAACAGCUCCAGGAAGGCCGUCACCACGCUGGCGUUUUCUCCUGAUGGGAAAUAUGUGGCUACAGGCGAGUGCGGUCACAAGCCGGCGGUUCGGGUCUGGAACGUGUCGGAGCGUCUUCAGGUGUCGGAGCUGCAGGAGCACAAAUUCGGAGUCGCCUGCGUGGCGUUUUCCCCAAACGGCAAAUACAUCGUCAGCGUGGGCUACGAGCAGGACAUGAUGGUGAACGUGUGGAACUGGAAGAAAAAGCAGUUGGUGGCAGCCAACAAGGUGUCCAGCAAAGUGACGGCCGUCUCCUUUUCCGACGACAGCUCCUACUUUGUCACCGCCGGCAACCGUCACGUGAAGUUCUGGUACCUGGACCACAACAAGACCUCCAAGGAUCAGUCUACCGCCCCCCUGGAGGGACGUCCGGCUCGCCUCAAGAACCUUAUGAACAACUUCUUCAGUGAUGUAGCGUGUGGGCGGGACCAACACUCCUCCUCCACCUUCUGCAUCACCUCGUCCGCCCGGCUGUGUAAGUUCAGCAAGGACCGGCUGCUGGACAAGUGGGUGAAGCUGCAGACCUCCCAGGCCACCUGUCUGUCCGUCACAGAGGAUUUCAUCUUCUGUGGAUGCUCCGAUGGAACGGUUCAAGUCUUCAACCCCGUCAACCUGAACUUCCUCUACCCUUUUCCCCACCCUCACUCUCUGAGAACGGACAUUGCCCAGAUGACUGAUCCCAGCCAGCUGUUUUCCCGCACAGCAGAGUCUCGGUGCCCGGACACAGUAGCUAUGACCUGUGACCCUACAAAUCACUGGCUGUCAUGUGUCUACAACGACCACAGUGUUUAUGUUUGGGACAUCAAGGAGCUUCACAGGCCGGGGAAGCUCUACUCGGCCCUCUAUCACUCUUCCAGUGUGUGGAACCUGGAGGUCUCCACAGGUGGAACAGGUGAGGGGGAGAGACUCCUCCCCCCCGGAUCCUUCCUGUCCUGCUCCUCGGACAACACCAUCCGGCUGUGGAACACGGACGUACACAGCGCCCUCCUCAGGAACAUCCUGAGCCACGACCUGAAGAAAGUCAUUUAUGUGGACGACAAUGACAGCAGCCUCCUGGAAGCCGACAGCAUCACCGCUGCCGGCGGCAACGCAGAGAAGGCGGGGCCACCGGAGGGGCAGCAGACGGACCAGAUCCGGAUGGGCAUCCGGGCUCUGAGAGUCAGUCCGGACGGACGGCACCUGGCCUCCGGGGACUUUAAAGGAAUUCUCAGAAUCCACGAUCUGAGAACAACGGAGGAGAUAUUUAACAUUAAAGCUCACGAGUCUGAGAUCCUCUGCCUGGAGUUCUCUACACCUGAUACAGGAUUGCAGCUGUUAGCCACAGCCAGUCGGGACCGCCUGAUCCACAUCCUGGAUGCGGGCCGAGACUACAGUCUGGUCCAGACUCUGCAGGACCACUCGUCCUCCAUCAACGCCGUCAGAUUUGCCGCCAAUGAGGGGAAGGUGUGGAUGAUCAGCUGUGGCGCUGAUAAGAACAUUUGCUUCUACAUGGCGCAGCAGGCACGCGAGGGUCUGGAGUUCACACGGAAACACUGCGUUGUCAGUAAAACGACCUUAAACGACAUGGAAGUUGAGCCAAACAGGAAGUGCGCAGCUGUGGGUUGUAAGGACCGCAGCAUCCGGGUCUUUGACAUCAGCACUGGGAAAGAAAAGACGUUUUACAAAGGCUCUCAAGGACGUAAUGGCAGCAUCAUUAAGGUGCACAUAGACCCGUCAGGACUCUACAUCGCCACCUCCUGUUCAGACAAGAACAUCAGCAUCUUUGACUUCUUCUCAGGAGAGUGUGUGGCCACCAUGUUUGGACACUCGGAGAUCAUAACUGGGCUGAAGUUCAGCGGCGACUGCAAGCACCUGAUCACCGUUUCAGGAGACAGCUGCAUCUUUGUGUGGCGUUUGAGUCCGGAGAUGACCAUCAGGAUGAGGCAGAGACUCGCCGACCUGAAACCCCGCCGCAGCAUUCCUCACCGCCAGAACUCACGUCAGCAGAGAGCCGUCAAAGUCAGCUACGCCAACGAGGAGGAGAAUGGAGAGGCGGGGCAGGCCUGCCCCUAUAUGGAAACAGCAGGAUGUGCAAAGGAGACAGAAACAGGUCUUUCUAAGGGACAUGGACUCUCGCAGUGGCCAAAGUCAGGAAACACGGAUGACACCUCUGCAGGGUCAUUCAGUCCCUCCAUGUCCAGUCCGAGCCUGGAAGGGGAGGAGCCAGUGCUCUUUCCUGACCAAUGGGAGGACAGAGUGAACCUGGAGCGCAGGUGAGCGGCUCCAUGGACGAUCUCGUCCCUGACCGCUGUCAGAUCUCUGGACUCUUAUCAGAGGCCCUUCAGACUAUGACAGUGGAGCAGGACUUCCUCUUUUAAGUCUCAGAUAUCCUCCCUGGGUCAGCAGGAUCUGACCUUAAAGGGAGAUGCACCGUGGUGCCUUUGAGCACACCUGAGCUCCAGGUGAGCUGCAGGGUCAGUCUGUGGUCACAGACUGAACAAAAGCAAGCUGCUCUUUCUCCCCCCUUUCAUCUUCCCGUCUUCCACUGGUUGAGCAGGUUCACUCAUGAGCCUGACGUCUCGUUUCUAGCGAAAUCUGAGCUCUGACUUUCAGCUGCUGGUUCCUCUGUGGUCAGAUCUCAGGUUUGCAGGUUUUAACCGAGACCUGAAGACAGAAGAAGCCUGAGAUGGCGUUGUUGGAGCAUUCGGCACUCGGACAGCAGGUUUGUGGACCCAAACCAGAGCUCUCAGCAGGAUCCUGAAGCUGCCUGAAGGCCUGGUGAAGAUGCUUGGCAGAGAGGGACAGCCUCGCCUCGCCCUAAAGGAGGGGGCCUACAUGUGCGUUUUCAGCAGCUGAGAGCCAUCUGUCUGCUGCCAGCAUUUAUGGGGGAGUGGAUCUGGAGUCUGACAUGUUUUACCGCCUGUUCCUGUUGAAUAGAAGAGCCAUAAAUCAGAAGAAGAUGCACGUUUCCCUGUUCAGACAGUCAUUCUUCUGCACCAACUGUGACCAGUUUACUAGCAAAGUAUUUUUUAGCUAAGAAAAAUCUCAUUUUAAACUUUGACUUUUUAAUUUUCAUAACAGAUUUAACGUUUUUUAUUAGAUUGUAUUUUGUGUAUUGGUAUGAUGGAAUCACACGUGUUUUGCUGAUAUUGAACAACUUCCUGUUUUAUUUUGAAGCCUUUUGCCACUAGUUAAUCUUUCUGAUAGUAUUUUCUAUGCCUGCCUGGGUUCGGUUCCUGGUUCCUGGCCGUCAGUGUUCUGGUUGGUUCUGGCUUCUUUUUAUUCUUGCGGUUGAAUCGGUUCUUCGUAUUCUGGCUGUUUCUUCCUCAUCACAGAGAAAGGUCCUGCACCUUUGCAGCCACUGGUGGAACAAAACAAUAAAUGUCUGCACUUUACAACAUUG